AGGGAAGGGAAGCCACGAGCGAGCGAGAGCUUCUCCGAGCAGUCCCUCGCUCCUUUGCAGACCGUCAACACUGGCAGGGGGAUCCGAGCGUCCGGCGUGCCUCUGGGUCGCUCUCGCUCUGCGGCCAGGACGGUCGGGAGAUUCCUCUCCGCGCCUUGCUGUGCCCGCUCGAGAAGACUCCUGCCUUCCAGUGGGGAGAGCCGUGGGCGAGCCCUCCGCUUCCAGCGCCAGAGUUGCAGGGAUGGCUUGCGAAAUCAUGCCUCCGCAGAGCUCUCAAGAGGAUGAGAGGCCUAUGUCACCCUUCUAUCUGAGCGCUCACGUGUCCCAGGUCAACAACAACAGCGUCCCUGCUUCCGGAGAGUAUUUAGAAAAAACCAUCCGGUCGGCAGUCGAGCAACAUCUUUUUGACGUUCAUGGAUCUGGAGGACAAAGUUCCGAGGACUCUGAAUCGGGGACCUCAUCGACGUCGUCAAAUGUGUCUGCCCGGCAAAGAAGGCGACAUCAUAAAGAGCAGGAAGAGGCCCGAAGGAACAGAGAUAUGGAGGUCGUCAAUAAAGAGAACAUUCCUUCUGGCUUCAGCAGCAUCGAGGAAUGUAUGCUGACCGCGCAAGACGUUGAAAAAUUGCAAGAGAGCAGCUCCGGGUACAUUGGAGAAAGGAGCAAACCAAAGCGACAGAAAUCCAGCACGAAACUUUCUGAGCUUAAUGACAACCAGGAUAGCCCUCUGAUGAUGGAAAGUUUUGGCUCUGUGAGGCCUCUGGACAGAAGAGGACAAGAUGACAUGGAGGUGCUUUCGGAAGACAGCAAGGACAACGAAAACGACAGUGACUUGUUAAGACAAUCUCAGAAUUCAGGCAUGAAGAUCCAGGAACACCCCAGCAUCCCCGAAGCCAAACUGCAGAGGAACCAAGACGCUGACGGCCAGGAAGAGACCUUCGCCUCCGAAGUGCCUCGGCUGGACCUGACAGCCUUGUGCAGUGAAAGCAGUUGGGAAGAGCCCGUCCCGGCAUUCUCCUCCUGGCAGCGCGAUGGCUUAGAUUCCGACGAAGCGCACCUCUCCCCGCAGGCAGGCCGCCUAAUUCGACAGCUUUUGGAUGAAGACAGUGACCCGAUGCUGUCCCCUCGGUUCUAUGCCUACGGUCAAAGUCAGCAGUACCUGGACGACACAGAAGUGCCUCCUUCCCCACCCAACGCGCAUUCGUUCAUGAGAAGAAGAAGUUCUUCUUUGGGCUCUUACGAAGAUGACCGGGAAGAUCUGACUCCGGCACAGCUGACGCGCAGGAUACAAGGACUGAAGAAAAAGAUAAGGAGGUUUGAAGACAGAUUUGAAGAAGAGAGGAAAUACAGGCCAUCACAUAGCGACAAAGCCGCCAACCUAGAGGUGCUGAAGUGGACAAAUGACCUGGCCAAGUUUCGGAAGCAACUGAAAGAGUCGAGACUGAAGAUGUCGGAGGAGGACCUGGCUCCAGUGAUGCGCCAAAGGAGCAACACACUUCCCAAGAGCUUCGGGUCUCAGCUGGAGAAAGAGGAAGAAAAGAAGCAAGACAUGCCCGAUAAAUCAACAAAGCCAGCAGUGGAGGCAACGCUGGAGUCCAUCCAGAAGAAGCUCCAGGAGAAGAGGACAGAGGCUAACCGGCCUGAGGACAUUAAGGAUAUGACUCGAGAUCAGAUCGCGGCAGAGAAAGUGGCUCUUCAGAAAGCCCUCUUGCAUUAUGAAAGCAUCCACGGAAGACCAGUCACAAAGCAUGAGCGGCAGGUGAUGAAGCCCCUGUACGACAGGUACCGCCUGGUCAAGCAGAUCCUCUCGAGGGCCAACUCCAUCCCUAGCAUCGGUUCCCCAUCCAGCAAGCGGAGAAGUCCUUUGCUGCAGCCAAUUAUCGAGGGUGAAACUGCGUCCUUCUUCAAGGAGAUCAAGGAGGAAGAGGGUGGCCCAGAGGAAGAGAGCAGUGUGGAACCAGAUUUCACAGUCACCAUAAAAGCAGACUUUAAUGUGCGAAGCUUCUUGGACCAACUAGAAGACGACACGGAUGGCUUUGUUUCUCCAGUGGACGACCGGAUUCCUCCAAGGAGCAGUCAUGAUAUGGGGCUCUCGAACCUCCAUGCUGCCUCUAUGCCUGAACUUGUAGAACAGCUUCAAGAAGUCAGGGAAGAGAAAAAAAGGAUCCGGAAAAAACUGAGAGAUUUUGAAGAUAAUUUUUUCCGACAAAAUGGAAGAAACGUCCAGAAAGAAGACCGUCUUCCCAUGGCUGAAGAGUAUAAUGAAUACAAGCAGGUUAAGGCCAAGAUGAGGCUUUUGGAAGUCCUGAUCAGCAAAAGAGAUAUUAGUUCCAAGAUCAUGUAAGGAAGGCAUCCUUUACCUUGCCAAUAGAGUUAAGAAGUUGGACAAGCCAAAGGAAUGAUUGCUUGAAGUACUCAGCAAGAUCCUUGUAUACUGGAAGGGCGUUUGAGCAACUCUCUCCACGGACUGAGAAACCGGACAGUGGAGUCUAGCACCUUUCUUUAGACUUGCGGACUGUCCUUUCUCCAAGUUGGUCAGCCAAACCAGCAGGAAAAGAAGGGGUUACGAAACAAAACAGUCGAAAUGCUCUGUUCCGAAGGGGGAGGGGGUGUCCUUUGCUUUGAUCGGCUUGUGGCUGAAUUUUUUAGAUGAUCAGAGUCAGAUUUAUGCCUUCUCCAGAGCGUGAAUGAAAAGAGAGAUGAACUCGCUUGAGCUGUCGCGAAUCGCCAGUAAUUAUCUGUAAUCGUCUGACCAAUCAAACACCAGGGUCUGUUGUAAUGGGACAGGAUGCUGAUUCUGAGAUUAUUCUGUUCAGCUGUAGUGUUUGAAAGCAAUAUUCUCGGGAAUCUUACAUAUGACUGCGGUCUUGGUUUACUGGCUUGUGGCUGUUUUGGCUUGCCACUGUUCAACGUUGAAUUGCCACUCUGAGGGAAACACUGUCUCCUGCCAUGGCCUUUGCGUUGACUUCUUUCUCAGAGCUAUCGCUUGUCCUUGUUUCUUGACUGCCUCUUCUGUCUGAACAAAGAAGGUCAGAUUCAACUAGCUUUCCCACUACCAAAAAAAGGAGGAGAUAGUCCCCCUUGACCACCAAAAAAAGAGAUACUGGGGACUGUAGGAUCUGCCUGUACAGAGGCCACAUGGGUUGGAAGCUGUAGUGAGAAUGGGAAAUGAGUGAACCAGCUGGCUGGAUCCAACCCAUGGAAAAAAGAAAAUGAAAACCAUUGUGAUUGGGUGUCCUCAAAGUUGUGGCAAGUACUGAGCUGACAAGAGAGUAGCGUGGGUCAUUCUGAUUGGACUAGGCCAGUGGUUUUCAGAUUGGUCUGGGGCAACUUGGGUUUCCUUGGACACUUACCAAGAGGUUGUUUGGUGAGGUGAUCGGUAAUGGUACACAAGCUUCCCUGAAAGCCAGUCUGUCUUCCAUUACUGGUUUUUUCCACCUUUACCACUCCAAGGCCGGGUCCCUGGAAUGCUUGCCAGAAACGUCCACAGCAAGCCAAGAUUCCAUGGCCGGAAGGGCAGGGUUCCAUUAAGUUUCAAGUCUUCCUCCAGCGUAAGGAGCCGAGGAAGGACUUUUCCACUGGAGGAAGGCUCCAUAUUUAGCGAAGUGAAACAGGAGGAUGCAGCCCUGUGUUUUAAAACAUGGGACAAACCAGCCAAUGCUUUGCUGCAACAAUUUUGUUCCCCCCGCCCAAAACUUUGGCAGAUCCAUCAAUAUGCAGUGAUGACGUUGUCCCCUUUCCUGUUCUGUGCUUAUCCGAAGCUGUUUUUGCAGCGGGAUUGCUGCACUUUUGGAAUGGCUUGUGUACAGUUGUAGGUACAAUGAUGCACUUUAGAGAGAGAGAGAGAGUUUAUAUUUUUUUAAAUAUGAGAACUAAUAGAAAGCAUAACCAAAACUGUACUUUUAAAGAAAAAAAUUUGUCUACCUGACAUUUUUGUUAUGUUGUUUUUUUAGGAAGGAAAAAAAAUAUGCCUGUGACUGAGCUUUAAGACUUGUCUAGAGAAGCCAGCAGCUGAAUAGGAAGUUAAUUGUAGUCAGCAGAAAAACCUUCCAGGCACAAGUCCUACGAAUUUUUAAAUGUGUGUUUGAUAAAAAUGCCUAAUGUCAGAUCAUGGAGCUGCCUUGGCAAACUGUGUACACCUGUCGAAUU